AUGAUGAAAAUUCUGGAGAUUCUACUUUGCCUUUCAUUUUUUAGAGCAACAGUGCAACAGUUUGAUUGCAGUGUUUGUAAAGUAUGUGAUAAUUCUACAUGUAUUGAAUGCAUUGAGGGACGAUAUGGUAUUAGCUGUGGUAGUUUCUGUUCUCUAAAAUGUUCUGGUAGGUGUAGACAAUCAGACGGUUACUGUACUUCUGGCUGUGAUGAAGGAUAUUGGGGACCAGGAGGAUUAUGUGAUCAAACAUGUUCUAACUGUAAUCCAGGAGGAUGUGUAAUGAACUCUGGUCUAUGCAUUGCUAUUGGCUGUCGAACUGGUUGGUAUGGUACUACCUGUAAUAACAAAUGUAACAGUAAUUGUGAUGGUAAUUGUAAUCAAAGUAAUGGUAAUUGUAAUCAAUGUAUACCUGGUAAAUAUGGUACCGACUGUCAAUUAGAUUGUUCUAACUGUAAAGACACGUGUAAUAAAAAUAAUGGUGUUUGUAACAAUGGUUGUAAAGAAGGAUUGUGGGGAACAUCUUGUACUAAGACCUGUCCGAAUUGUCAAUCAAGUGGUUGUGAUAUAGAUAAUGGUAAUUGUAAUAAUCCUGGUUGUCGCAUUGGUUGGUAUGGUGAUAGUUGUAAUGAUAAAUGUAAUGAAAGAUGUAAUGAUGGAUGUAAACAAGACACUGGUUACUGUAAUAAAUGUAAUAAAGGUGUUUAUGGUAAUGUAUGUGAUAAGAAUUGUAAUAAGGGAUGUUUAGAUGGAUGUAAUAUAGAUGGUUCGUGUAAAUGUAAAUCAACUUAUUAUGGUACAAAUUGUAGUAAACAAUGUAGUUCUAACUGUGUAGAUAGUUUAUGUAAUGAAAUAUCCGUCGGUUAUAACAGCUGUAUAAGGGGGUGUGUAGCAGGAUAUAAAGGACUAUACUGUGAUAAACAAUGUCCGUCAAGUUGUCCUAUUUGUAAUAGGUUUGAUGGUUCAUGUACAGAAUGUAGUAAAGGAUUCUAUGGAACUGAAUGUCAGCUAAAAUGUCCAGAACAAUGUGAUAAAUGUAAGAUAAAAGAAGGAACAUGUGAAAGUUGUAAUCCGAAAUACCAUGGUCCUGUAUGUUCUAAAAGAUGUUCAGAUAAAUGUUUAAAUGGUGAAUGUAAUGGUGUCGGUGGAAGAUGUAUUGACUGUAUUCCCGGUACUUUUGGUGAUAAUUGUGAGAGGUCUUGUAGCAAUGGAUGUAUUGGUGAUACAAGUUCUACAACUUGUGAUAGAAAUGGGUCUUGUAUCAGUGGAUGUAUAAACAGAAUAUAUGGUGAAAAGUGUAAUUUAAAUUGUAGUAAAAAUUGUUAUGGUAGUUGUAAUAGAAGUAAUGGAUAUUGUAACAGUUGUCUAUCUGGUUAUUUUAGUGAUAAUUGUAACCAAAAAUGUAGUAUACAUUGUAAUGGUGAUUGUGAUAGAAGUACAGGUAAUUGUGGUAAAUGUAAUGAGGGGUAUUUUGGUGAUAAUUGUAACCAGAAUUGUAGCAUAAACUGUAAUGGCGGAUGUCAGAAAUCAUCAGGAAGUUGUUUAGAAUGUAAUGCUGGUUACUAUGGUGACUAUUGUAAACAGCAAUGUAAUGAUAAAUGUAUAAAUAAUGAAUGUUUACGAAAUGGUCAGUGUAGAUUUGGGUGUAUGAAUGGUAAAACUGGUUCUCAAUGUGAUGGUAAUUGUAAUAGUAAUUGUACUAUUUGUUUACAAACCGAUGGUAAUAUCUGUAAGGAAUGUAAACCAGGUCUUUAUGGUAUAUCUUGUGAUAAACUUUGUAAUAACACUUGUAAGAAAGUUAACUCUAAACCAGCCUGUAAUAUUACUACCGGAAAAUGUACAACUGGUUGUAUAGAUGGAUAUAAAGGUUAUUACUGUCAGGAUACCUGUCUAGAUAACUGUAUUAGUUGUAAUAAUAAUCAAUGUACAAGUUGUAAUACAGGAUGGUAUGGUAAUCAAUGUCAAACUAAGUGUAAUAGUAAUUGUAUCAAUAGAUGUGAUCAAGCUACAGGAGAUUGUUUAGAUGGUUGUAUUGAUGGUAAAAGUGGGAAACACUGCAAACAAGAAAUAGGUUAG